ACAGCGCUACCCCAGCAGAGAAGCAGUGCGCUGGGCCAGCUGCCACUAAGCGAGCCCCUCCCCCCGCUUCCUACCCCAACCCGGCUCCGCCCAGCGCCCCGGCCAUCCACGCCCGGCCCUCCAGGAACCCUCCCGAGCACAUCCGCGUUUGUGUGUGUGUGUGUGUGUGUGCACGUGUGAAUGCUGCCAUGGCGUUCACGCUGUCCGAGAUCAUGGCCGCACGACGGCAGCAGCAGCAGAGCCAGAGGGUGGGGCGAGGGGUGGUGGAGGUGGAUGAGUACAGCGCAAACCCCACCCAGGCUUUCACCUUCUACAACAUUAACCAGGGACGCUUCCAGCCCCCUCACGUGCACAUGGUCGAUCCAUUGCCCCAUGAUGCCCCCAAGCCCCCUGGCUACACUCGCUUUGUGUGCAUCUCGGACACACACUCGCGCACGGACACCAUCCAGAUGCCGUACGGUGACGUUUUGCUCCACACUGGGGACUUCACCGAGCUUGGACUACCCAGCGAAGUCAAGAAGUUUAACGACUGGCUCGGCACUCUGCCUUACGAGAUAAAGAUUGUGAUCGCGGGAAACCAUGAGCUGACGUUCGACCAGGAGUUCAUGGCCGACCUGAUCAAGCAGGACUUUUACUACUUCCCCUCCGCCUCCAAGCUGAAGCCGGAGAACUACGAGAACGUUCCCUCACUGCUCACCAACUGCAUCUACCUGCAGGACUCCGACGUAACAGUCAGAGGUUUCCGCAUCUACGGCUCUCCGUGGCAGCCGUGGUACUACGGUUGGGGUUUUAAUCUGCCACGGGGACAAGCUCUGUUGGACAAGUGGAACCAGAUCCCAGAGUCCACUGACAUUCUGCUCACACACUGCCCUCCUCUGGGUUUCCUGGACUGGGUGCCCAGGAAGAUGCAACGCGUGGGCUGCAUGGAGCUUCUGAACACGGUCCAGAGAAGAGUCCAGCCCAAACUCCACGUUUUUGGACACAUACAUGAAGGUUAUGGCAUGAUGACGGAUGGAACCACCACGUUUAUCAAUGCGUCUGCAUGUACAGUCAACUUCCAGCCCAUGAACCCGCCCAUUGUCUUUGAUCUGCCCAAUCCCAGGAGCUCGUGAUUGAACACAGCCACUCCUUCUGCCCUAGAUGUCCAAUCAGGGUCCUCCUCCAAGUGCAUUUGGCUGUGUUGUGUGUGUAUAGCGGACAAGAUAAACGUUACUAUGGACAUUCCCAUAGAGAUCUUCAUACGUUUCAUGUUUUAUCCUCAAACACGGACUUUGUAGCAGCCUCCGUCAAAGACAUUUGAGCAGUGUUCAAGUGACUUCCACUCUUUCAUUGCACUUGAAACGUGACAAUCCCUUGCGUUGGUUAACGGUGGUCACAUGGUGGGACCUUGGACCAUCCUCCUGACGUUCCACCCGACGUUCCUCCUGACGUUCCUCCUGAUUUAACACUGGGCAAGGAACCCCUGGAACCUGGAAACCAUCUAAGGCCCUUUGACACACAAAAAAAAAACAGCCCCAUCCUUCACGUUCUUUUAUUUGUUGGUAAAAAUCUAGAAUAUCUGGAAUUGUCUAGAAAGGUCUAGAUUAUCCCGUAGACGCAGUGAAGGAAUUGUGCAUUGGAAGCCUCUUUAAUUUUAAUCCAACCACUGCAUUCUUGUUCAUUCAUUAUGCUUCUAUUUCCUGUCUCCUAUUGUGCCAUGCUGCGAAGAAGUUUGUUCGCUGUCUCUUUCAUCUCGUGUGCUUGUUUUCUUCCGCCGGAUCUCGCUGCAGAGACUCUUACCCAGUGCCAUAUUUAGGAGAGAAAUCAGACACUGGAAGUGUAAUAUACAAAAUUUGAUGUAAAAAAAAAACACAAAAAACUAUUUUGUUCUCCAUUUUUAUGCUUCUGUAUUCAUUUUACUGUAAAUGUGUGAGUUUGUAGCAGACACUCUUUCCUCCUUUCUAGUAUUUUAACUUCUCCAGAUUUUUUUUGAAGUGUGUGAUAGAUGUCAACUAUUUUAUUGUUUAAAGCACUUUGGUUCUCACCUGAGAAUCAGAGACUCGCCUGUGCUCAGACUUUUGCCUGACAUGAUACGUUGCACUUUGAUAUCCCCCACUAUAAUUUAUUACCAUUACUUCUAGGUGUCUCUUACUCUCAUGGCUUUUAUUCAGAUUGUCAGGUCCAGUCCUAACAGUCAUGGUUAUAUUUAAACUAAAAAUACUGGGACUUUUAAUCUAGUCGCUUUAAAUGAAUGAAUGAAUCAGUUGAAGGUUGGUGUGUGUGUGGGAGUGAACGUGUGCAUCAGAUCUAAAAGCUCCCUUUUAGUGGUCAGAAGAAGAAUCUGAAGGAUGGAGUGAUGAAAGGAUAAGAGGGAGACAACAGGAGCAUUUGAAAAAAAACAUUUGAAUCUAGACUCAUCUCAUAUGAAGGACGAUUUCUCACUGUUUAUGUUUGUUUUUUGUUUACGUUCGGUCAAAAGUUUUUAUUUUUAUAUCUGUCACGGAUCUUUUCCUGUUCUUUCUUACUCGUCUCUCUCUCUCUCUCUCUCUCUCUGUGUGUGUGUGUGUGUGUGUGUGUAUGUGUGUGUGUGUGUGUGUGUGUGUGUGUGUGUGUGUGUGUGUGUGUGUGUGUGUGUGUGUGAUUUUCCCCAUUGCGCAAGUUUGGUUGACGAGUGAUGAAUAUGAAAACAGAUUCUGAGAUUCAUAAGACAAUCUUUUAUCUUCUGUAACGUUCAUGUGGAAGAUAUACUGGAAGUGUGUUUAUUGUUCAUAUGUUUGUCAUGCGGGCUUUAUGUUUUUUGAUGAUGAUGAUGUUUGUUUGUUUUUUUUACCCCUCUGAAAACAUGCUUUGGUACAAAGGAAACAAGACUUAACCUGAGAAACAUGCCUUUCUUAGAAUUCAAACCCUUUUUUGUCCUCCGAAAGAUCAUUUACGCAAAUAAAGUCAUAUCUGUGCGGACAA